GAUCAGGAUAUUCGGAUAUUAUGCGCCGAAGGUGUCCCAUCCUUCCCCACCCUACUAUACACGAAAUACAUACGUGUUGAAUAAACCGCAUUAUAAAUGUAACUUACUUUAUCCUCGCGUGGCCGGAAAACCACAGUCGUUAUCACACGGGUUAAACACCUCGUGCCAGCUUACAUUCAUGUUGCCACCAUUGAAAAUUGAAACGUAGAAUACCGUAUGACGUUGGUCGUUCAUCUCUAUAGAUUUAUAUUCAGUGAACGCCAUGACUACGUGGGCUGUGAGUUGAACAUGUUUAACAGCUGCAUUGGCAAAGUUACCGCAACCAGCCUGCUACGAGCAAUAGCUGCUAUUCACUUGGAUAAAUAGACAUUAUAUGUUCUUGAACCGAUAAGUGGAUACAGUCUAAUUAGUGCUUGGCAGAUUAACAAAUUUUGCCGAAUGAAAGUUUUUUUUGCAGUAAAAUUGGAGCUAACUCAAGGAAUAUUUUUAAGAAUAUGACAUGUUUUCUACCAAAUGGGAAGAGAAAAGCGAAUGAAAACAUGUCCUAUCUUACCCCAAAUUACUAUAGAAUACUGUCAUGCAUUUUACGUGCCCUACAAGUUACAGAUUCGUUUCAGUUGUUUUUUAUCAUUGUUUAAAUGACCAUGUCGGUUUCGGGUAGUUUAGAAAACAUUGCAGACCACGAGGACGAAGCAGAAAAGAAAUGGAGACCUACGUUGAAAGGGAAUCUUAUAAUACUUGGACUAUUAGUCGUGUACUUGCUGUUUAACCUGUUGGGCGCGUACAUCUUCGUUAUAAUCGAGAGGCAGCCGAGUGUUUCUAAAGUCAAUUGGUUCACCGAAUUAAAAGAUCAUUUCGUCAGCAACCACAGCUCGUGUCUGUCUCGCGAUGAAGUGGAAAUGUUUGUUCAGAACAUUGAACUAGCGUUAGAGGAUGGGGCAAGCAUAGUUGGAAAUGUUAGCACUCUGGUUGUGGAAGAUCCCUGGACCCUCCAGAGCGCUUUCUUACUUGCUUUUACUAUUGCAAGUACAAUAGGUUAUGGUGUGUUGACACCAGCGACACCUGGCGGGCAAGUUUUUUGCAUCUUUUUCGCCCUACUGUCGAUACCUUUUACUGGUUUGUUGGCAGCUAAGAUGGGGAACGUGAUGGCGUAUCAUAUCGAACAAGUUGCGAACCGACUUAUUGCAAGAUUCCCGAAGGCGAAAGUUUUGAGCGUCGUAUUCACAUUCGUGGUUGGUAUUUUACUCCAUGUUGCGCUUCCAAGUAUUUUGCUGUUUUUCGUCUCCAACGAGGAAGGUUGGAGUUACAUUGAAUGUCUCUACACGGUGUUUAUCACACUAACUACUGUCGGAUUCGGCGAUUUUGUUCCAGAUCCGAGCAGUCAUGGCGGCAUGUAUACAACACUAUUGGUCACAAUAUGGGUGAUCGCUGGGUUGGCUUGGUUCGCAACAAUAUUCAGUUUGAUUGCAACUAUCAUGUCGGCGAGAGCGAAAAGCUUUAGGCGAACUAUGACGACGAAGAAAACGAAUAUAAUUAACCGUGGGUGGAAUUUAAAUUACUAUAGGAGUGAAGCGAAAAAAUGUUAAUCCUGGAAAAUCUUCUCUUUCCACAAAAAUACACACAGAAGGAAACAUUGGCGACUAUUGAUUUUGAUUUAGAAACGAUUUUAAUUAUUUUGCUUGGCAAGCUAAAAAGUGACAGACUGCUUGAUUUAAAAAAGACAAUUUUUAUUGCGAUUUAUUACAGAAUGUAACUUACUUCAUCCUUGCAUGGCAGGGCAUCGACUGUCGUUAUAACACGGGUGUUCUAUUUCAUACACCUCGUGCUUGUUUACGAGUAACCAUGUGUGUAACUUUGUGGGUGAUUGUUUUUAUAUAUGGCUGAUAAUUUGGACAACCCAUUAGUGACCACUGGGUUGGAGCAAAUGCCGUUAAGUGUCUUGCUCAAUGUCAUAAACGGCCACAACGAAUUAUGUCACAGCGACGAGUCUCGAACCCAUAAAUUAUGGUUAGAGACAGAAGCUUACUGCUGUGCUAUAAUUCGUAGUAAAUGCUGCAUCCGGUUUGUUUGGGUCCACUAAACAAAAUCAAGUGAAAAAUAAAGUUUCUUUUAUAUAUAUACCAUAUUGCCUGUUAUAUAAUCGUCUAUUGUUUAAAUACGUUCAUUUAAGGUUGCAGAGAAUUUACUUCAAGUCGUGUUAAGGCCGUUAAGGCAUGAGGCAUUUUUUUCAUAUCAUUAAAUAUUAUCUUUGGA